AUGAACAGGCUGAGGGCAAACUGGAGGAAUAAUCCAGAUCUGGAAGAACAGGAAGAAUACAGGGAGGAAGUUGUACCCACGCCAUACAGAGUGAAGCCCAGGAUUGAUUACGCCCAGCCAAAACAGGGGCGAAGUCACCACCCUGUCAAUGCUCUAAAUGACGUGGGGGCAUUACAAAGGAUCAGAGAGAUGAUGGAGCCUGAAGCUAGAAGAAGAGAGAGGCCCACCUAUAAGAAGCCAUAUCCGGCUUAUAUCGAUCAAAUGCCUCUAUCCCCGGGUUUUAAGGUGCCAAACUUCACCUUAUUCAACGGAGAGGAUCCCCAUGCUUCAUCAGUUGAGCACAUAGUUGAGGCCUUUACUUGGUACACCAGCCUGCCAGCUAAUUCUGUUCAAACCUGGGAGCAGAUGGAAAGUGUUUUCCACGACUAUUAUUACAAGAUUCAACCAGAAGUCACCAUCAGUGACCUUGCUGCCCUCAAACAGAGUGAAGAUGAACCUGCUCAAGACUUCAUAAUCAGGUUCAGGAACCUCAAAAUGAAGUGGCGAAUCCCUAUGGAAAAAAGUCACUUCAUCCAGAUAGCUCAAGCUGCCCUCAAGAUCUCUCUGAGAAAAAGAUUUGAUGGGAUGUUGUUUGGAGACCUGGCAGAACUGGCAGAUAAAGCAUCCAAGUAUGAGGAACUGCUUAGGGAAGAACGGCAGAAGAGGAACUCAUCCAAAGACACGUAUUACAAGUCACCUUCCUCUUUAAUACAUCUAGUUCAGGUAGAAUCAGAAGAGGACGCAGAAUGCUCAGAAAAGGGAGAAGUUGUAGUAGCAUAA